GCGCCCGGGCCCUCAGCGUCUGUGACAGCGGCGCGGCCUCAGUUGCCUGAGAGCGCGGCCCUGGCUGGGUGUGCGCAGCCUGGGCUCCUGCAGGCGGCUGCACCGGGCCAUUGGCCAGGGCAAUUGUCGGCGUAGAGAAUUGCUGAAGGUGCAGAGCAUUGGCCUCUGCGAAAAGCUCCGCAGCGUGCAGAACACUGGUGUCUGCUAGGGAGUCCUGAAUUUCAUUUGAAGUUUUGUUGAGGCAUUGUCGCUCACCUGCGACACCGUCCCUUGGAAAUGGCGUCUGGAUUGCCAAAGAAGACACCAACACCUCGUCUUUUGUCCAGGGAAGGGCUGAAGCCUAAUGCUCUGCUUCCCUCUAAGUUCCAGAGGGAGAAGUUUCUCAGCAGGAAGAAGGAGGCCAGCACUGGGGGGAGUAUUCUGCCCAGAAUUGGCCCAUUUCUAGACAGGAGUGAGACUCGCCCAAAGCUGCCAUCAGCUGCCCCGAAACAGAGCUGGUUUGGGGUUUCCCCACCAGAGCUGGUAUUUCAGAACUUCGUCGCUCGGGAGGUCUCUGAAAUGGUGCUGUCUCUCAUGAAUAAGGACAAGUUUCUUCACGUGGUGAAGGUCUCCAUGGAGAGCUCACCUUACUUCCAGCUGGUGAGCUCCAGCGAUGCGUACCGUGCCGUGCCGCCGGGCGCCUCUGCCCCCGUGCGCAUCCGCUUCACCCCCAGCAAGAACAAGGAUUAUUGCCACGAGCUGGUGUGCCUCACUGCCAGGGAAAGGAUCGUUGUGCCAAUUCGGGCCAUUGGUGCCCGAGCUGUGCUGGACUUCCCUGCCCAGCUGGACUUCUCCAAGUGUCCGGUCAAGGUCAGCACCCAGCAGACUCUGCUGGUGCGCAAUGUCGGUGCCCGGGCAGCUCGGUACCAGCUGAGCACCCAGAGGGGCAGCGUCACUGCACCGAGUUUACACUUCGACCUCGCUGAGCUCGACUUCGGGGACAUCUCCUUUGGCUUUCCCUACACGCAGCGCUGCCGCCUCACCAACAGCUCCGCGGUGCCCCUGACGUUCCAGCUCCGCAUGUCGGAUGAUGGCACGCAGCCGGCUGUGGACAGCGUGGAUCAGAUCCGCAGGGACACCGACCCGGCCUGGAGCAAGGGAAUCCAUUUCUAUGUGGAGCCCAGGGAGUUCAGCAUCAAUCCCAGCCAAGGCACCAUCCUCCCCCAGGGACACCAGGACAUCGAGGUGACCCUGUGCUCCAACACGGUGAUGGAGUUCUACCGGAGAUUGCUGGUGGACCUGGAGGGUAUUGGCAAGGGAGUGGCAGCCCUGAUCAUCACAGCCAGAUGUCUCGUUCCUGAGCUCCAAGUGUCCUCCCCAGUGCUGCUGUGUGAUGAGUGCCACCUGAAGGUGCCCUAUGAGAGGAAGAUCCUCAUUAGGAAUCCCAGCCACCUUCCUGGCUGCUACGGGCUUAUUCCCCAGAAACGCAAGGAGGACUCUGCUGUGCUCUACUCCAGCCCCAAGCCCUGUGGGAUUGUGCAGCCCCAGAGCACAGCAGAGAUCCCAGUUGUGGUGGCAGUGCAGGCCCUGGGCACUCAUCGCACCGACGUUCUCAUCGGCGUGUUCGGGGAUGAGAGAAACCCCCUGAGAGCACAAUUACGGAGCUCAGGACGGCUGGCAGAAAUCUCCCCAAGCCCAAGGCUGGCAGAGCUUGGCAGGAUCCCAGCACCACAGCCUGUAGAUGAGCUCCACCCACCUAAAUUCAAACCCCAGCCACCAAAGGAGAGGAGAACCAGUCUGGAUUGCCCGGGAACUCGAUGGAGGCACUUCAGGACUGGAAAGGCUUUCAGUAUCCUGCCACUGCCAGGUGUGCUGCAGCCAGGAGAGAGCCAGCAGGUCUCCUCCACCUUCUCUGGCCAGCUCACCACCACCUGCAAUGUCCCGGAGCUGUGCCACAUGGAGGGAGGCUCCACCUCCGAGGUGCUGGUGCCCAGGGUGGCCUCACGUGUCAGCUCCUCCCAGAGCCCCCAGGAGAUCAACUGUGGCUCUCAGGCCCCUCUCAGGGACAGGUGAGUCAGCCUUCCGUGGGUUCCUGCUCUGCCAUGGGUUAUUGUCCCUGCAGGGCUUCCCUGCUCCAAGGCCUCUGAGCUCAGAGGAGCUGCAGAGCAAAGGCCAGCAGCAACACAGGGA